AUGUGGUGGACAUCAACUGAUGUCGACACACCGCGUUACGAGAGGACUGAAUCGAUCGACGAAAACCCGAACAGAGCGCUGUUGAGCUUGGUGGAAAACCUCACCGCAAAGGUCAACACUCUUGAAUCCAGACUUCAUCAACAGCAGGCUUUCUCGGACACAAUGUCGAAUGAACCGCUCCCACUAUCUUCAGUUAAUACACCAGUGAUCCCUCAGGAUAUCGACGGGAACAACGAGAUUGAUGAGUCGUCACAAAGCAGUUCUGAAGUUGAAGACGCCGCUACGAUCCUCGAGUUUCUCGCAUGGGGCCGACGCAAAGACCCGAAAUACCAAGAUCUGAUUACCAUUGGCGACGACGACAUACCAACCACGACGAAUUACAUGCGCCAUCACUACGACGUUGCAGCUCUUAUGCCUCAGGUCCAAGACGCCAUUGUCUCCUCAAACACGCUGUACACAAGAUAUGAGAAGGUUUUGGAGUACGACCAGCAAUUGCGACUUUUGGCUACCGUCGGUCUGCCGUAUUAUCUGCAGAAUGUCCCACUUGAUCCGUCCUGGCCGUGUUAUGUUCCAUGGGCUCGUCGUGCCCUCGCCAUCAGUACAUCGCACAAGGUCAUAAUGAUCCAUAGGAAGUUCCUAGGCAUGAGUUUUGUGAAUCCGAUGUUUUCGCGAACUAGACGGACGUGUGUCGCAGCGGCGAGGACUAUUGUCAAGGAACUCAAGGAAACCGAGACUGAUGGUCCAGUUCUUUGGAUUCACCACGCGUUUGUAGUAACAGCAGGAGUAAGUGAAUUGUCUGAUUAG